UGCUCAGCUGCUCCCGAACGAUGAUAUGAUAAUCAAGAAAACGUCUUCCAAACGAGCCAACUAAGUCAUCACAAUCACCGUCUUAGGGAAACCAGUUUGCUCUGAAUAGUCAAAAAGACUGGGUGACAUCAAACUCGAAACUCGCGUGGAAAAUCUCCUCAACUGGAACUAGCCAAGUGCGGAUUCCACUAGAAAAAUGUCCAACGUAUCGUUCAACUUCAAGGGCCUCAUGGCCCCCGUUUUCACUGGAUUCAACAAUGACGACGUGCGAAGCUUAAAUGUUGACAACAUCGACGAGUAUGCCGCAUUUCUGAAGGAGAGACAUGUCGAUGGGGUACUGGUCAACGGAACAACCGGCGAAGGUACCGUCAUGUCAGUAGCCGAACGAAAGAAAGUUGCCGAAGCAUGGUCCGUCGCAUCCAAGAAACACAACCUCACCCUCAUGGUUCAAGUGGGAGGAGCUCCACUUUGUGAUGUUUAUGAACUCGCUGCACAUGCCGAAAGCCUUAAAGUUGAUGCCAUUCUCUGCCUUCCCGAGCUAUACUUCAAACCAAGGACUGCCCAGGACCUAGUCAAUUACCUGAAACAAGUGGGCCGUUAUUGCAGUAACACUCCGUUGCUAUAUUACCACAUCCCCAUGUUUUCAGGUGUCCAAAUCUACAUGCCAGUUUUCUGCGACCUUGCCGAAAGUGAAAUUCCAAACUUCGUCGGAAUCAAAUACACUUCAGGGGACCUGGCUGAAGGUGUGGAUUGUCUGAAGCAAGGAAGGAGUAUCUUCCUAGGCGCUGACACAAUCCUCGUAGGAGCGGUAGCCCUUGGGUUCGAUUCAGCCAUUAUGACUAGCUUGAACAUAUGCCCAGAAUUGGCUAUAGAAAUUAUGGAUCAUAUGAAGAAAAGUGAAGUCUCCCAGGCUGCCAUUGUCCAAGCUAAACUUUCAGCAAAAGUCAAGGAGAUUUUGGCAGUUGGAGGAGGAGACUGGGUACCAUCAAUGAAACUCGCGUUCAAUAAAAAACUGAGUUCAAAUAUAAAUGUUGGACCCGUUCGUUUCCCAUCGGGUCAAUGAAGUGAUAGCAAAGGUCCUUAAGGCGAUGAUUGAUUGCCAAUCAAACCGAGAGAAAUCAAAGCCGAAAAUCACUGAAAUUUCCUGUAUUGAGUUUUGAAGUUGAAAUCGUGAAUAAAUUCGAAUCGUGCAAAUAAUAAA